UGUCUAGUCUGGACUCCUGGGUGUGGUGGCCUCUGAAAGCACACUCUGCAAGCUCCAGUUCUCCACCCUAUGACUCUGCCUCCCACCUCUCCCCCACGCCUACCCCAAGUGGGAGGAGAGAUCCUUCGUAAGGUUCAGUGUCAUCCUUCAAGCCUAAAAUUCAAAGGAGGGGAGGAGUCCGGGAGGGUCGGGCCAACCCCUCUCUCUCUCUCCACACUUCGAGAAACUGCAGGCUCCUGGCUGCAACCCCUAGACUUCCCUUUCUGGGUCCUGCAGCUUCUUCCUCCCCUGGCCAGAGCGAAAGAAUGGCUGCCUUGCAACUAGAGGAGAAGCUGGUCUGUGCAAUCUGUCUGGAGUUGUACCGGGAAGCUGUCACUCUGCCCUGUGGCCACAACUUUUGCCGGACAUGCAUCGAAGACCACUGGCGCAGGCAAGAAGUGGACUGCCCCCAGUGCCGGACCCCGUUCACGCAGCGCCCCGCGCUGCACAAGAACGGGGCUCUGUGUGAAGUGGUGGAGGCCCUGCGGGCGGCCGAAAGGCAGCUGGCCGCGGUGAAACCAGUACCCGGCCCGAGCCGGGCAGCCCUAUGCCCCCGGCAUGGGCGAGCCCUGGAGCUCUACUGCCGGACCGAGAAGCUGUGCAUCUGCUGUGCCUGCACAGUGGACCAGUGCCAGGACCACCGGCGCGUCAUGCCCGAUGUGGAGCGCAAGGAGCAGGAGAAACGGCUGGAAAAGCAGCUGGAGGAAAACUGGAGGCAGGCAGUCCAGGCUGAGGAACAACUUCAGGAGUUGCAGCAGAGAAGUGACGAGAUCCAGAGUCCAUCAUUUGGUGCUCCAGGGCUGUCUUUGUCAGUCUAUGCCCACCUUCACUGCUCCCAACUCGAGCCUCCUCCGCCCACCCAGAACUCAGUCCACAUUCUGGCAUUGGCUGUCUCGGAAAAAGUCACUUGCCUGCUGCGGGCCCUCGAAGCACAGCGGGAUAAGGCGCUCCAGAGCAUUGAGCAGGAAAAGGCAGCUGCCCUGGCACAGGCCAGGGAGACCAGGAAGUGGCUUCAGGACCACCUGGAAUAUCUGGCACAACACACCCAGCAGAUCCAAGAGCUGCUGACCUGUCCCGAUGACAUGAACUUCCUCCAGAGGGCUCUACUUCUGAUACCCCCUGGGUCUUUGGCACCAGUGCCCUCACUGACGUGGGACGAAGAUGCUGGUCAGCUGAAGGAGCUGAAGAAGACACUAGACCAAAUCUAUCAACUCCUGAUGAAGGAUGAGAUUGGCCCUGUGAGUCUUGGAGAUGCUGAUCCUGGCCUCAAGGAGUGCAGAAGACCCCUGGAAUCAGUCCCAAGACCCAUGAGCACUCUAAGGAAGGAACUGAAACAGAAUUAUCGCAACCUCACCUUUGACCCUGACACCGCCAACCACCACCUUUAUCUAUCCUGCCAAAACCAGAGGGUAAAACAUGGCUCCAGGGCCCAGCAUGCUACCCAGCCUGGGAGGUUUCAGCUAUGGCAAGUACUGUGUACCCAGAGCUUUGAAGCAGGAAAGCACUACUGGGAGGUAGAAGUGUCAGACCAUUCAGUGACCCUGGGUGUCACCUACCGUGGGCUUGCCCGGCAAAACCUGCCCGGACAGACAGACAACAUUGGGAGAAACUCUUGUUCCUGGGGGCUUCGGGUGCAGGAGGAUGGCUACCAGGCCUGGCACAAUGGGGAGGCCCAACGGCUUCUGGGCAAACCCGGACACCUCCUGGGAAUGGAGUUGGACCUGCCUGUUGGACGUCUCUCUUUCUAUAGCUUGGAGCCUCAGAUCCAGCUCCUGCAUGUCUUCAACGCCGUCUUCACCCAGCCCCUCUAUCCUGUCUUCUGGCUCUGUGAAGGCAGAACCGUCACCCUCUGUCAGCUGCCAGGGGCCAAGCCUUAUUCUGGGCCCCAGGAAGAAUCACUCAUUCCCAGCUGAAAAGAAUCUAAAGAGGGUGGGGGAGCCCAGAAAAAUAAUGGUUAUGUUUAAGAGGCAUCAGGGGCUGAGGGUGCAGAUGCCAGGGCCCAGUGCCCUGUUUUUUUUAUCCCACUUAAUAGUAUUUUAUUUUUUCCAAUUACAUAUAAAGAUAGUUUUCAACAUU